GUAAGGAGCAGUCGCAGGUUGGGAUCAGGCAGAAGCUUAGUCAAGAACAAGCCAAGGUCGGUAAUGAGCAGUCGUAGGUUGGGAUCAGCCAGAAGUGUAGUCGAGAACAAGCCAAGGUCAGUAAUGAGCAGUUGCAGGUUGGGAUCAGGCAGAAGCAUAGUGGAGAACAAGCCAAGGUUGGUAAUGAGUAGUCGCAAGUUGGGAUUAGACAGAAGAGUAGUCGAGAACAAGCCAAGGUCGGCAAUGAGCAGUCGCAGGUUGGGAUCAGGCAGAAGCCUACUCGAGAACAAGCCAAGGUUGGUAAUGAGCAGUCGUAGGUUGGGAUCAGGCAGAAGCAUAGUCGAGAACAAGCCAAGGUUGGUAAUGAGCAGUCGUAGGUUGGGAUCAGGCAGAAGUGUGUUCAGUAAACAAGCUAAGGUCGGUAAUGAGCAGUCGCAGGUUGGGAUCAGGCAGAAGCAUAGUCGAGAACAAGCCAAGGUUGGUAAUGAGCAGUCACAGGUUGGGAUCAGGCAGAAGCGUGGUCAGUAAACAAGCCAAGGUCGGUAAUGAGCAGUCGCAGGUUGGGAUCAGGCAGAAGCAUAGUCGAGAACAAGCCAAGGGUCAAUAACGAGUGGUAGCAAAGUGUGGAUAACAGCAGACAGGGCAAGGAGCGAGAUACUGGCUAGAGAGCACAAUAGUCUGGUAAACAGGAAGUGCAGAGACAUGGCUUAUAUCAGGAAGUUCAUGGGAGGAGCAAGGGGUUCAAGGUUCAUGACAAACGAGGUCAAGGCAGGAUCAUCCAAAUAAUUGUCAAGACAGCUGUACAGCAUUCCAGGUGGCUCAGCAAAAAGAAACAUUUCCACUCACUGCAGAAGGCCGAGGUUCAGACCCAGGCUCUGA